ACCAACAGAAAACAGAAGCCAUAAGCCAUAAGUUACAUAUCCUUGUUCGAUCUCUGCCUUUUAGCCACUAUCAUCAUGCUUGGCCUAGUAAACAAGGUGGCCUCAGUAAUCCACCACCCUCAUAGCCCGUUUGCCAAGUCUGACAAGAAGAUCUUGGAUGAUAUUUACACUACUCAUGUCCAUGCUGAUGAUUCCUUCGAUGACGAUUCUCUUUUCAUCAUUGUUGAGAGUAUCCUCAAGCGUGCAACCCAAACUGUCGAUAAAAUUGUGCAGGGUACCCAAGUGCAUGUGGAAGACAUAGAGGAGCAAACCCCCAAAGCCAACUUCAGUGUACCAUUGUGCACGCUUAAGGGAAUCUCCUGCGAGAUGCAAUGCAAGCCUCCUGGUGAAGAAAUCGCCCAUGAGACAACACUGGCAAUACUACACAAGCUGUCAAAGUAUUCAUGGGAAGCAAAGGCAUCACUGACCCUGGCAGCUUUUGCUAUGGAGUUUGGUGAAUUCUGGCUCCUUGCAGAGCUUCGUGAAUCAAACCACCUUGCCAGGUCAAUUGCAAUUCUCAAACGACUCCCUGUUCUCCUCAAGCCUUCUCAGCUGCACAAGCGCAGGCAAGCAAUACUUGAGCUUAACAAUCUGAUCAAGGCCACACUGGAAGUCAUUACAUGCAUCGACCAGUUCAACAAGCUUUCCAUUUAUGACCUGAAUGAUGUCCCCGAGUUGUCGGGAACAUUGGAUCAUGUUCCGGUGGACGUAUAUUGGGCUAUCAUGACUGUUGUGGCUUGUGCCACUAAGAUCACACUACUCACUAGUGAUGAGGACAAAGAAUUUGACCUAUCUCCCUAUUCUCAAAAGAUCCACUUUGUCCUUAACAAGCUCAAGACGCAGCUAACAAUUUGCAGAGCACGAAUUGAGUUCAUAGAAAAUUAUAAAAAGCUCAAGAAACUGUUCCGAACACCUACUGAAAUUAUGGAAAUCUUUAAGGGUUUGUUAUUUACAAAGGAUAAUGUCCAGCCACUCGUUGAUUGUUCCACUAAACAAACGGUGAGCAUCGAAAUCCUAAGGAGGAAGAAUGUGCUAUUCUUCAUUUCCAGCCUCGACAUUACGGAUGACGACAUUUCGAUUCUGAAACCGGUCCACGAGUUCACAAAGAAAGACAAUCAGUAUAAGAUUGUGUGGAUACCGAUUGUGGAGCAAUGGACCGAUGAGCUGAGAAAGAAAUUUGAAAUCCUGAAGAACAAGAUGCCGUGGUAUACGGUGCAGUACUCUGGACCUAUUGCAGGCAUCAAGUUCAUCAAGGAGGAAGUGGAACUUCAAGGUAAGCCAUUACNGGUAGUGAUGAACCCACAAGGAAAGGUCGAACACUCUAACGCUCUUCACAUGAUUCGGGUGUGGGGAGUCAAGGCCUUCCCUUUCACAGAGACGAUAGAGAAAGAGCUGUCAUCAGAUUCUCAUGGAGGAAUUCACUCUAUAGUUGUUGACGGAAUUCACCCUUCUGUGCCAUCUUACAUCAGAGAUAAUAAGUACAUCUUCUUCUAUGGCGGUAAGGACAACGAAUGGAUUCAGCAAUUCACAAAGAAAGCAACUGCCCUUGCAAACGAUCCUAUCUUGAAGGAGGCAAAGAUUUACAUAGAGUUGGUUUGCGUUGGAAAAGGCAGCAAAGGAGAAGAUGACCAUGGCAUUCUAGGCCGCUUCUGGACCGGUAUAGAAAGCUUGUUCCUCACCAAAGUCCACAAGCACGUUGAUCCGAUCGGUCAAGAAAUUCAGAAGCUUGUCUCUUACAAGAACGAAAGUGGAUGGGUGUUGCUUACCAAAGGAUCAACUUUGUUGGUCACAGGUCAUGGUAUCUCCGCAUUGAAGGUGGUAGAGGACUUUGAGAAAUGGAGGGAGCAUGUCAAGGAGAAAGGGUUUGAGUAUUGUUUCAAGGCCUAUUAUGGGAAGGUUAUUCAGGCGGGUCGACCUUGUUGCCGUCUUGACAUUCCGGGGUCUACCGGAAAGGUUCCGGAGUCGAUGAAGUGCCCUGAUUGUCACCGUAGUAUGGAGACUUUUAUCAGUUACAAGUGCUGCCACAUUGAUGGUCCAACUGCACAUCAUUGAGUGCUGGCUGAAUUGGUGUUUACGAUCAGUCCUUCAGUACGUUAUGAUGGACUGUUAUGUUAUCUUUUACUUCUGCUUGUAUGAAUAAGAUGGGCAUGGCCGAUGCAUUGUGAUGCUUGGUAUAACCCAGACUUACGAUUUGAAUUUUCCAGCUAUAAUUAUAUGGCUAGAUGUACUAUGUUUGGUGCUAUCGUACGUGUACCUUUUGAAUCAAAUAAGACCAAUAUUUUGGUGACUAAAUUGAAACCAAUUUAAUUUUUUAUUUCAGGUUAUUUUGUUAAAACAAAACAAAAAAGCUUAAAUUGAAAUAAGGGUUAGUUUAGGAUUGCUGUGACUUUUUAUAAAAAUUGAUUCUGUUGUACUAUGAAUACAAUCAGUUGAGUGAAGGAAAAUACUUGUGUGCGGACU